AAUGCCUCCUUUUUUUAACUUCCGGGUCAUGUCAGUGCUAGCUGGAGCAAUGACAUUGUACCAAACACACAGAGAAGAAGUCAGACCGUUCAGUGUCUUAUAUCUUGUUAUUUCACAUGCUGUUGAACGCUUAAAUUAAACCUGACAUUGCCGUCAACAUGUCCUCUAACACAGGUUUCACAGAGGAGCGGCAGCAAAGAGGAGCUCAGGCUCCAGUGGGAGUGGAGUACAUCCCCACAGAGGAGGAGAAGAGGGUGUUCAGAGAGUGCAACCAGGAGAGCUUCUGGUACAGGUCGGUACCCUUCUCUUUGAUCAGCGUGGCUAUCACUCAAGCCCUAGUUGCUAAAGGGACUCUGGCUGCAUCUCCAAGGUUUGGAUCUCUACCAAAAGUGGUUUUCGCUGGCUUCUGUGGCUACCUGGCUGGGAAAAUGUCGUACAUGAAGACGUGCCAGGAGAAGUUCAAGAGGUUGGAGAACUCCCCUCUGGGAGAGGCCCUCAGACAGAGGACAGGAGGACUGCCUCCACAAAUGCCCAAAGGACCUCAGUCAGAGAUGAGUGACCCAGACACCCCGUCUUUUGACACCAUGUUCCAGCCAGCAGAUGACACCGAGCAGACGCCCAACAACAGCAGAGAUUAUGAAUAUGACUACAAUGCAGAGGCACCUUUACCAGCGGGCAGAGCAGAUGACUUCAGCGCUCCAGUGGAAGACGAUGAGCCCAGGAGGAAGCCCAUCCUCUAUGAGGACCUGAGGCUCAAGAACAGAGAGAACUACGAGGUCACGCUCACCCAGAAGGCCGAGACGCUGCUCAAAACAUCUCCUGAGAAGGAGCCAGGGAGACCCAAGAAAGACGUGAAGAAGAACGUAUAUGGAGAUGCCUGGGAGGACUGAGUCCUUAUUUGAAAUGAACAUGUAAUCUGUAUGCCGGCAUCACUGAUACUGCAGUAUAGUAGGCAGCCCAGUGGCCAUUUUUACGCCAGUGUGACUCAGGUGUCAAGUUGUAUGAGUUUCUGAUAUGUGUCUUUGCAAAAAGAGUCAAUUAAACCAAAUUACAUGAGAACUAAAA